AUGGCUUACAUCUUUGGCGCUGCCUUUAGAGGAAUCUGGGGCUCUGUCUUUCCACCUCACCCAAGCUCUAGCGAUACAGAUACUGCCACCACCACCACCUCGAGCUCUGACAGCAUGGAUUGCGCGGAAGAAAUCCCGUGGACCGACAUCACAGAGGCGCAUGUGUCCAACCUCCGAGGCCACGUUCGCUAUCUCAAAAACAUUGGGACUAAACUUAACGUCGCCGAUAAACUAGAAGACUACAACAAACGCGCCGCACAGGUCCUCGCCGACGCCGAAGCCGCCGCCCUCAUUGCCGGCAUCGAAAUCUCCCCCAAGAACCAAGCCAACGCCAAAACUACCGAACCACCUCCCACCGAGCCGCGACGUCGCCGCGGGCGCUCCCCUGGCCCCAUCACCACCGACCCCGACCCCGCCACCGACGGCGUAUCCGGCCCCAAGAAAGUCAAGUUCCGCUCUCCAGUCGCCGUCGCCGCCGAAAAACCGCCCGCAUUCUCCCGCAGAACCCCACCAACCGCCGCGGAGCUCGCACAGCUCACUUCAAGGCUGGGCAAACACGAGCGGCCGGAGUAUGCUGGCUAUGAAGAAAUGUCGGCGAAGGGCAUGAAGAGGAACAGGAACUACUACAUCGAGAAGAGGUACUGGAGACGCCAGCAGCUUGAGGGGGAGGAGACAGAUGACGAGGAGGACAUUGAUCAUGUCGAGUUUGCGCCGUAUCCAGAUUACAUCAGGGACCGUCUUCCAGAGACUCGUCCUGCUCCUAAGCGCCGUGGAAACCGUCCUUUCACGAACGAGCUUGUCGUUCCUGUUGAAGCUGAGGACGACACAGUCGAGGAAAAGUCCAAACCUUUGAGUGCAAAGGUCACCACAGAAGAAGAGGAGAAGAAGAUUCACGACGCUCCCAAGACUACUACAACUACAACUUCACAAAAAGCCACUCCUACCACACAAGCCUCGGAGCCAGAAGUCAAACCAACCAACCCCACCCCCAAACCCUCUGCCAACAUCACCUCGCAGCACGCUCCCACAGCUCCCGCCCCCAACCCCCACCCCGAGGCCAACAAAUCGCGCAAACGCGCUACCGCCGAGUCCGCUGCUCGCACACCCAAGAACCCAACCACCCCACACAUCCCCACCCGCAGCUUCUACUCAGAGGUCAAGGCGGCCAAACACAGCGCCGACGAGGAGGACACCGUCGAGUGCCCGCAGAGCACGGCAAAGAGGCAGAGGAGGUUCGUUCAGCGGCUGCCAGAGGACUUGGCGAAGCGCGCGUCGACGGCGGAGAGCGUGGGUGCCGGUGGUCCGGCGGGGGUGAAGAGAAGGAAGUUUGUUUGA